CACUUAUUUGGAUUAAUUAAAAAUUUCGAUCUGUGUCUCCAAGUGCAGGAUUGAAAGAUGGGUCAAGCAUUGGGUUGUUAUCAAGUAGAUCAGUCAAAUGUUGCGAUCAAAGAGCAGUUCGGAAGAUUUGUUGAUGUUCUUGAACCUGGAUGCCAUUGCUUGCCCUGGUGUCUUGGUUAUCAAAUAGCUGGUGGAUUAUCGCUUCGAGUGCAGCAACUCGAUGUCAAAUGCGAGACAAAAACCAAGGAUAAUGUCUUUGUCAUGGUGGUUGCAUCUGUACAAUACCGCGCUGUGGCUGACAAAGCAUCCGAUGCGUUUUACAGGCUCACCAACACAAGGGAGCAGAUCCAGUCAUAUGUUUUCGACGUUAUAAGGGCCAGUGUGCCAAAGUUGGAACUGGAUGCAGUCUUUGAGCAGAAGAAUGAUAUAGCGAAGGCUGUCGAAGACGAGCUUGAGAAGGCGAUGUCUAACUACGGAUACGAGAUAGUCCAGACUCUCAUUGUUGAUGUAGAGCCUGAUGUUAAUGUCAAAAGAGCAAUGAAUGAAAUCAAUGCAGCUGCAAGACUGAGGUUGGCUGCAAACGACAAAGCCGAAGCAGAAAAGAUACUGCAGAUCAAGAAAGCCGAGGGAGAAGCCGAGUCAAAAUAUCUGUCAGGACUCGGUAUAGCUCGGCAACGUCAGGCCAUCGUGGACGGACUGAGGGACAGUGUGCUUGCGUUCUCAGAGAAUGUACCCGGGACAUCAGCUAAAGAUGUGAUGGACAUGGUAUUGGUGACUCAAUACUUUGACACCAUGAAGGAAAUUGGUGCAUCUUCAAAGUCUUCAUCUGUGUUCAUACCACAUGGUCCUGGUGCUGUUAGAGACAUUGCUGUGCAGAUUAGAGAUGGUCUCCUUCAGGGAAAUGCGGCAAAUUUAUAAGUGUUUAUGGAGUUAUAUAAAUUGCAUAGCAUUGCUUUUUAUCGCACCAACUUCUGAGUGAAAGUGUUUCUGAUAUUAAACACGUGUCGAUGUCGGAUAUUGACACGUAUCAUGUUUAUAUUGAACCAUUUUUAUUUUCUCGAAUUAUUAUCAUUAGCGUUUUUUGUAUUUGUGUCGUGUUCAAAGUCUUUGUGUGUGUCAUGUUUCAUAGUUUGUUAUGUUUGAAUGAUUGUAUAUUUUUCUUUUAUAUUGUAAAGAUGAAUAUCAGAAUCUCUAGCUAAUUUCCAAUUUUUGUUUGUUAAUA